CGCGGAGGCCGAGCGGGAGGAGGAACGCACGCUACCCAUCGGGCUCUAAGACCCGGAGGAGGAGGCGGAGGCGGCCCCAGUGGCCUGCCCUGGUGAGGCUGCUCGGCUGUUGACAGCGGGCGAAGCUGGAGGCAGCCGCCGGGCGAGGCACUGCGAGAGGCGCUGGGGCUGCCGCCGCCGCCGCCCCAGCUCGGCAUGGCCUUCAUGGAGAAGCCGCCGGCUGGGAAAGUGCUGCUCGACGACACCGUGCCGCUGACAGCCGUGAUCGAAGCCAGCCAGAGCUUGCAUUCGCACACGGAGUACAUCAUCCGUGUACAGAGAGGGAUUUCUAUGGACAAUAACUGGCAGAUUGUGAGAAGAUAUAGUGACUUUGACUUGCUGAAUAAUAGUUUGCAGAUUUCUGCCCUUAGUCUACCUCUUCCUCCCAAAAAGUUGAUUGGAAAUAUGGAUCGUGAAUUCAUAGCUGAAAGGCAGAAAGGACUCCAGAAUUAUCUCAGUGUGAUUACUUCCAACCACAUACUGUCCAACUGUGAACCGGUGAAGAAAUUUUUGGAUCCAAACAGCUACUCUGUAAAUUAUGUUGAAAUUGCCUUACAGCAUGUUUCGAUGUUCUUUCGGUCGGAGCCAAAGUGGGAAGUAGUAGAGCCAUUAAAGGAUAUAGGUUGGAGAAUACGUAAGAAAUAUUUCUUAAUGAAGAUUAAGAAUCAACCAAAGGAGCGGCUAGCUUUGAGCUGGGCUGACCUUGGCCCUGACAAAUAUCUUUCAGACAAAGAUCUUCAGUGUGCUGUGAAAUUUCUUUCUUCAUGUUCUCAUCCCUAUAUUUACAGAGUCACUUUUGCAACAGCUAGUGAAUCUUCUGCACUGGUAAUUAGACCGUUCAAUGAAAAAGGAACGUUAAAGGACCUGAUAUAUAAGGCAAAACCAAAAGAUCCAUUUUUGAAGAAAUACUGCAACCCAAAGAAAAUUCAAGGUCUUGAACUGCAGCAAAUUAAAACAUUUGGCAGGCAAAUACUAGAGGUCUUAAAGUUCUUGCACGACAAAGGAUUUCCAUAUGGUCACUUACACGCUUCCAAUGUAAUUUUGGAGGGAGAGACGUGCAGGUUGCUGGACUUGGAGAAUUCAUUGCUGGGGCUCCCGUCCUUCUAUCGGUCCUAUUUUACACAGUUCCGUAAAAUUAACACUUUAGAAGCUGUUGACGUGCACUGCUUUGGUCAUUUACUCUAUGAAAUGACAUAUGGGAGACCCCCAGACUCUGUUCCGGUGGACAGCUUUCCUCCUGCACCAUCCACGUCUGUAGUGACUGUACUGGAAUCCAUUCUUUCUCCUGAAGCCAUGAAGAAUGGCAUGCCAACUGUCUCUCGACUCUUACAAAUGCCGUUAUUCAGUGAUGUUCUCCUAACAAAUUCAGAAAAAACACAAUUUAAGAUCCCCUCCAAAUUAAAAGAGGCAUUGAAGACUGCCAAAGAAUGCAUAGAGAAGAGGCUAGUAGAAGAACAGAAACUGAUCCAUCAGCACAGAAGACUGACGAGAGCUCAGUCUCAUCACGGGUCAGAGGAAGAGAAAAAAAAGAGAAAGAUCUUGGCACGAAAGAAGUCCAAACGCUCUGCCUUCGAGAGUGGGGAAGAACAAACCAUGAAGUACAGCAACUCAAACAAUUCAGCAGGCUCUGGGGCCAGUUCACCUAUGACUUCGCCUUCCUCUCCUGUUCCGCCCUCCACCACAGGGGCCUCGACAAUUCCUUCACCGCCUCCGCCACCAGCAGCUCCUCCCCCUCCUCCUAAUUUGGAUGUGCCAAUGCAGUCUGACUCACGGCCUGUUAACAGCACAAGCCGGGGCGCCUUACUCAGUUCCAUCCAGAAUUUUCAGAAAGGAGCCUUGAAGAAAACAGAAACAUGUGACCACAGUGCUCCGAAAAUCAGCUGAAACUGUUUACACCAACCCAGCUUGGAUAUACUGUGUGUGUUCUUAUGAACAGAGAUUUAUCUGAAAAUUUUAUUGAACCACAGCCUUGUGGUUUCUUUUUACAGCUGCUUGUUUAAGAGCCAUUUCAAGCUUUUUCUAGACAAAUCUUUUCAGUGAGUAGCAACACUAUUGCAGAUUGCAUUGGGGAGGGGGAGAGAUGUGAAAAGUGUCAAUUCCAGUUUAAAGGAACUCCUUUUUUUUUAAGGGAAUACUGUUUUGAGUAGGCAGUAAAUUCCUUUCUCCCUAAUUGAAUAAAAUUAAGUUGUUCAUCAAUGACACUUUCUUGGCCCUGAUUUUUAAGGGCUUUUAAAAGUCUAAGCCUGAUAUAUUGAUGUUUGAAGCAUUUUGGUUUUAACUGUUCUAAAAUUCACUUAAUCUGAGCGUUAACACUGAUAAGAAAGUUAGGACUGCUUCUCUCCCUACAGUGUUUGUUAGCCUCUUACUCUUAAUAUUGUUGAAUCCCCCUAUUAGAGUGACAAUACUUGGAAGAAUGUACAGUUCCAGAAUUAGUUUCAUAUUCCGCUAUUCUGCGUUUAUUCAAAAUGUGGGGCACAGUGGGUUUUCCACCAAACAAAAAUUUUACAAGACAGAUUUGUAGAGCUGGAACUUGAGGGAGCUCUAUAAUAACAUGUCCUUUUGGUUUUACUCAAACCCUUAAAUUGCACUUUAAAGGAUUGUUGGGAAUCCAUUUUUAAAGUCAAGUAUACAUCAGUGUGUGUUACUAUGCAGAGAAUGUCAUUGUGUAUAGGAGUUCAUGUAACCUGUGAUAUACUCAAUCAUAUUUUUAUUAAAAUAAAUGUCAAUGGAGUUUCAUUGGUUUAAAGAGGGAUAAUGCAGCGGUUUUAUGCUUUGUAGCAGAAAAGUAACAAUGAAACAUGGAAUGCCUUUAAGUUCUGGGGUUUUACUUGUCUAAAAUUAACAAAUACAGUACCAAAGGUUGUUAUAGUAUAGAUGCACUACUUUAAAUCAUACUUAACCCAGCAUGUUCCUGAUACUUUUGAAAUGGAGCCAUUAGAAUUCUGCAGCUAAAGUACAAGCUGCCCCCCCCCCCCAAGCCAGUAAAGUGU